UGUCUAUGAUUUCGGAGAAUAUCUUGAAGGCAAAACCAUAUUAAAUAACUGUAUCACAAUAGACAAUAUAUUAGAUUGAAAUUUCGUUUAUUCGUAAGUCUUCUUGUUUCAGAUCGGAUAAAGCUUUGAAAUUUCUUUGUAGGUAAGCGGACUAUCUUAUUCCUCAAAUAUCGUUUCCUGGGUCAAGUCACCCGCAAGAUUAUGAAAGUUGCUGUCAGCACUAGCACAAGAACGAAGAUUUUAAAUGUCCAUUAAAUUGUCUAAUGAGAUAUCAUAGCUCAAUUUCUUAUUCUGGUUGAAAAGGAUAUCACACUUUUUUUUCCGGUUAUCCUUACACAGAGCUUCCAGUAUAUGUAUCACCUUCCUGUCUUUAAAGAUACCCCGCUUACAUCGUCUUUUUUAAAGCUACUAAGUUUCUCCAAACAUAAAUGACGCAAUGAUUAACACCGAUUGGCUAUCCAUGUUUUAUCUGUUGUUAAAGCUUUCGAUCGUCCCUUCUUUGUAUGUUUCUUAUUUUGUUCUUUCCUUAAGGAUGCGUAACGAAGUUUUAGUAAAAGAUUUAUUUACUGUUCCUUAGCUGGAUUAUCGCUUUUUGCAGGGGCGGAUCCAAGAUUUUUACCCUCUACACCUCACCCCUUCCCCGCCCCCGAGGAUCCACCAGUGGCCAAUCGUAGAAUCAUUAAUGUUGAUGUCAAUUGUAUCGGUAACCGUGGCUUACAGUUGAAUACAAAAUGUAAAGGAGCGUGGUUGCUAUAUGCACAUAUGCACAUGUACUUGGGGCAUGGGCCCAACUUUUUCUAUUAUAGUAUACUUUUUUCCCCAAGCGCCUGUGUCUAUAUACUAUAAUGAGAUUCACUUGGGGCAAAACUGUUGUUUUGAUUUUUUAUCAAUUAUUAACACGUAUCACGUGAUUUAUAUAUCAAAUGUUCUAAUUUUUCCCCAUUUAAACAUGUUCACCUUUAUAGGUACACAGUGUAUCACAUCGAUUCUCAAGGUUACAUGUAUAACAACACUGCUUGAAUCGGAAUAAUUGGAACUAAGGAGAAUACACUUUCAGAGAUACAGGAUGUCUGAAAAUCGCUUCACGUUGUAUUAUUUUUAUACAUCCAACUGCGCACAAAAGGUUUUGCUGGCACUGUUUGAGAAAGGCUGUCCAUUUAAUCGAAAAAUUAUUAACAUCCAUUCCGGAGAACAAAAUGAUCCAGAAUUUAUGAAGUUAAACCCUAAAGGACAAGUUCCUGUUCUUAAAGAUGGGGAUAAUAUUUUAUUGGAAUCAGAGGAAAUUAUAGACCAUAUCGAUCAAAAAGUCAAAGCGGGAGCUAGACUAGUUCCAGACAGGAGCAGCGCAGUAGGGAAGGAGGUACAAAGAUUACGAGAUCUGUUCGCAGAAAUUGACAUUGGGAUUGCUACUUUUGGCGUGUUACUUAACAGAGAUUUUUCAAUAAGCGGUGUGAAAAUGCCAGGAUUUUAUGAUAGCAAUGUCCUGAAAGCAUUCAUCAAAAGAUUAGAAACGUCUGCUGAAAAGUACCCGGAUUUAAGAAAUACUUUUUUGACAAAAGUAGAAAAGAUAGAGAACUUUGCACAAACUGUUUUGGACAAGGAAAAGGUUGCAAAAUGCUUAGAUGAUGUUGAUAACAAAUUUGAACAAUUUGAAGGCUGUUUGGUUAAAAAUAAAGCAGCGGUUUCUGAAGGACAAGACUAUUACCUGGCAGGACCUGAAUUCACUGCAGCUGAUAUCGAUCUUAUAAUUUACAUGGAUCGAAUGACAAUCUUGGGAUUAGAAGAUAGAUUUUUUGCCAAAGCAAGGAGACCGUUGCUCCAUGAAUAUUUACAGAGGAUAGAACAAAGAAAAUCAGUAAAGAUGCUUCGGGCUGAAAUAAAGAAAAUUGUACCGUACAUGUUUUGGAGAGCUGUAAAAUCGAAGAUUCCCUUUGUAACAAGUGUGACAGUAUUUGGGUUGGCUUUUGGAAUAGGUGUUUGGUUCAUGAAGAAUAAAUAAAUGUUAACUACACUUAUAGAUAUAAUUCCAUGGACACAAUUUGAGCAAGAGUUACUUCCUUUUUGUCGCCAUUGUGGAUGUCUAAGUGCACGAAUUCUUUAUAAAUCCACCAUUUCAAUUUGUUAUAAUGUCCACUAGACUUUAUAAACAGUAAAUUGAGUUGUUUUCUGAACAAUUCUAAUUUCUUUUAUGGUU